AUGGCCGGGAGCGGAGCCAGGAGCCAGGGAGGCCGCCGGGAGCACGCCUUCAUCCCGGAGCCUUUCAACGGAGCCAACAUAGCCCCCCACCUCUGGCUGCACCGCUUUGAGGUCAUCAACGACCUCAACAAUUGGGACCACGCCACCCAGCUGAGGUUCCUGAAGGAGUCCCUCAGGGGGGACGCCCUGAAGGCCUACGAUGGACUCAGUCCCGAGGACCAGGGGGACUACCUGGCUGUGAAGGACACCCUGCUGAAGACCUUCGGGGGGCCCGCCGCCCGCAGCCACCUGCCCAAGGAGAUCGUCUUUGCCAACAGCAUGGGUAAGGGCUACUACCUCAAGGGGAAAAUUGGCAAAGUGCCCGUGAGGUUCCUAGUGGACUCCGGGGCCCAGGUGUCUGUGGUCCACCCGAACUUGUGGGAGGAGGUCACGGAUGGGGACCUGGACACCCUCCGGCCCUUUGAGAACGUGGUAAAAGUGGCCAACGGGGCAGAAAUGAAGAUCCUGGGCAUCUGGGACACGGUGGUGUCGCUGGGCAAACUGAAGCUCAAGGCAGAGUUCCUGGUGGCCAACGCCAGUGCCGAGGAAGCCAUCAUCGGCACCGACGUGCUCCAGGACCACAACGCCGUCCUGGACUUCGAGCAUCGCACGUGCACCCUGAAAGGGAAGAAGUUCCGCCUCCUGCCGGUCGGAGGGUCCCUGGAAGACGAGUUUGACCUGGAGCUCAUAGAGGAGGAGCCCUCAGAGGAGGGGCAGCAGCCCUCCUAUUGA